GUGGGGGUGUUGAUUGACGAGAAGCUCAACGUCACCCAGCAAUUUGCACUUGCAACCCAGAAAGCCAACUGCAUGCUGGGUGGCAUCACAAAAAGCAUGAUCAAGAUCCAAGGCUCUCUCUUUUGUCUGGUAUUACUCAUGUCCCUCAGUACAUUAGUGGGAAACAUCCUCAUCAUUGUGAUCACUAUGGCAGAUGCUGCCCUUCCCUCCCCCAUAUAUUUUUUCCUCAAGAACUUGUCCUUCCUGGAGAUUGGCUAUGCUACAUCUACAAUCCCCAAGAUGCUGGUGAACUUCCUCACAAAAAGGAAGGGCAUAUCUUUUCUGGGCGAUGCCAUACAGAUGUAUGCCUUCUCCCUCUUAGGGAUCAUGGAACCUGUACCUUGGUUUAUUCGGGUCUUGGUGGCCCUAGGGCAGAUCAUUUUCAUCUUUACCCUUCCAUAUUGUGGGUCCAACAGGAUCAAUCACUUCUUCUGCAACCUGCAGACUCUUCUGAACCUGGCUCGUGUGGGCACCUACAGGAAUGAAAUCACCACCUACGUAAUAGCUGUCCCCUGUAUCAUGGUCCCCUUCUUACUCAUGCUGUCAUAUGUCCGGAUUCUCCACACCAUCUUUAAGAUGCCAUCAGCAAAGGGCAAGAGAAAAAUGUUCUCUGCCUGCUCAUCUCAUCUAGUGGUCACUCUGUUUUAUGAAUCUGGCAUUGUGACCUACUUGAGACCCAAAGCCUUUUAUUCAGGUAGCAGUAACAACCUGCUUUCUUUUUCUUACACACUGAUGUCUCCAAUGAUGAACCCCUUGAUUUACAGCUUGAGGAACAAAGAGGUGAAACAAGCCUUGAAAGACUGA